AUGGUCUUCUUCCUGUUGCUUCUUCCAGCCCUCCUCCUGCAUGCACGUGCGGACGGGGAGGCAUGCGAGGCGUCCCGUGGUCCUGUUACUGGUCCUGUUGGGGACCGGGAAGAGCUGCCCCUCUUGCAGGUAAGCAGUGCUGCGGGCCGCAACGCCCAAGCUGAAGCACAAGGCGCCUGUUCUUCAGAAGACAUGGCUGCAGAAGAGCUGCUGGAAGAGGCUUUGCGUCAACAGCAAGCUGAAUACAAUAUCCAGUCCGAUCUGGAGGAGGCUUUCUCGUACACGACGGGCGAAGUAAAGCGUGAGUACGAGAAGGUCGAAGAAGACACUAAGGACUUGUCAGGUGAUGACUUGGAUGAUGACAGCACGAAGGGGAAGUGGAUACGCCGAUUGGCAAAGGUGGGGGAGUGUGUCACAGAGAUCACCGUGAGCGAAUUCAUGCCUAUGCUUCUAGCUGAGAAGCAUAGGGAGAGGAACGAACGCUCCGGGGGCAUCAUUGCCACGGUUCUUGGGUUUCUCUGGCCAGACGAUUCCAGUGGAGAAGCGGACAUUUGGUCGUUGGUUCUCAGCGAUGUUGAGGAAAUCGUGAAUGUGUCCAUCCUCAACUUCGAGUUGCAUGAAAGGGAGGCCGAUUUCCUCUCCGUGCGAAGCUACCUUGCCCGAUAUAGCCGGGAGAGCACCAUAACGGAAAAGGGCAAUGAUUUGUCCAUUGCGCUCGCAAAGGCACAAGACAUCAUGAAUCACCUUACUCUCUCCACGAACAAGUACGAGUUGCUUCCGAUCACGAUUGUGGGGGCGACGCUGCACUGCGUCAUUCUGCGAGAGCGGCUAUCUCAUGGAGUUCGAGUCUAUGGCUCAGCAGAUCCGGCAUGGCUCUACGAAUUGCAGAUGAAAGUGGCAUACUACCAGACUUUCUUCAACUACACCUACUCUCUUUGGAGAAGCUGGAGGUCUACAAAGAUCGACCAGACAGUCGACGAGGGCCGCCGCCGUCGACGGCAGAACUCGGACUGCUCCUCUGUGGUAACAGACAAGCUGGUCAAAAUCGGCAACGACGUCCACGUCUUCGACGGGAUGCAGGGGUCUAACAACCGUUGUGCCGAGAUUGCUAACAUGACUGCCCAGCGUAUCUUGAACCAGGUCUCUGCAGCUAUGGCCAAGGCGAUGCAGCCGAUCACCUACUUGCAGCGCUACGUGCCAGGAAUGGAGGCGGUGGCGCCCACAAUGCUGCCUGCUCUGGAGUUCAUAACCGUGGGCCCCUAUGCUGCUGUCACGCAAGACCUCCAGGACGGCAGCAGACAGGUAUCCAGCAACAACUGGUGGACCAUCAACGAGACCGGCUUCUUGGGCCCUGGCAACAUCAGAGAAGCAAUCGCAUGGGCCAAUGGUUGCAACUUUGUGGACUACUUCAAGCUGACCUAUGACGAUGGGAGGGAGGAAACGUCGGGCAAGACAUCCAUUACCAAAGGCAGCAAUUGUGGAGACUGGGCUUACCCGGACAGGUACAUCCAUACCAUUGAACUUCACUUCAUCGAGCAGACCGAUCCGUAUAAGGCUGAUUCGCAGGUGGUAAACAUGAAGUUGUUCUUCUCCGACGGCUAUAAUACCGGCAACUAUUAUGGAUGCUUUACAGUGGGUGACAACCCCUACGGACAGUGCAUGGCCGGUUCUCCUAGUGAAUACACUCAAAAGGUGACGGUUACAGGGGACUCCACUUACAAGCUCGUCGGCGCCACGUUGGGUGAGAUACCCAGUAAAGGCUUCGGGUAUAUCAACGCGACUUUCCAAUGGGUGCAGUCAAUGUCGUGGUCGAAUGUCAGCAAAGUUAACUCGAGCAACAAUCUAACGACUGGGCAGCGGUUGCAAGCUGGUCAGAGCCUCUGGAGUUACAACAGCUUGUACAAGCUCAUGCUUUCAAGUAGUGGUAAUUUGGCCAUCUACAACAUGUAUGAUAGCGUUUCGUGGCAGACAAACACUGCCUGCACAGAGAACAAGGCGUACCUUGAAAUGCAGCCAGACGGGAACCUGGUUCUUUAUUGUGGGGAAAACAACCCUAUAUUGGCCGCCAACACCGAUCAUGGUCAGAUGCUGUGCCGGGUGGCCGCCAUCGAGAACACAGGUGCUUUAACCAUCUACACCCUUCCCGACCUCAAGGGAAUUUGGACGAGCAAAAGUCAGGUCCCUGUAGGGUUCGGGAACAGCAGCCUUGCAAGCCCGCAGAGUCUUCAACCGGGCCAGCGGCUAGUUGCGAGCUCUCUCUACCAGUUCGACCUGGCUUUCUCAAACGGGACUGCAGGCGGAGCUGUCAGGUUGAAGGACUGGAGCCAUGGGCGGCAACUUUGGUCCGCGGGAGCUUGCGCAGCCUCGGAAGACCCCGAAUUCAAGUUACAGGACGACGGAAACCUUGUCCUUUACUGCUCAGGAGUUGCAAAAUGGGACUCUGGCACAGCGGACACUUCCCUUGAAGCAGAGGAGGGGCAAAACGUUCUGCAGCUGUUGGCGAAUGGUGACCUCGUGAUUGUGAGCAAGCGCAGUCAAGUCACAUGGUCCAGCAACAGCAAGGUUGCGUAUGACUAUUUCAAAGAUGAUUACGGCAUCUAUGACCAGAGCUGA